AUGCUGGUGCGGGGGUGUGCGGGUGGGGAGUUCCGUCAUUCGUUGGCGGAGCGUACCAAGGCGUUGGCGGCUAAGUGCCACGCGCUGCGCUCGCCGGCCCACCAACGCGACUCGCGCAGCCAGGACCGCCGCCGCACCAGGAAUCGCAAGUCCCAAACGCGAUGGUACGUCAAGCAGCCGACAUGGCGAUUGUGGGGCGAAGAGCGGGUGGACGGAGCAAUUUAUACGGUCUACCUCAAGAAGGUGCGCUACCAUCGGCCGACGCGCUCUGCUUCUAGUGAAUCGGACGAUGAAAUCUCUCAUUUAGAGUGGGAGACAGUACGUGUGCGUUUCGUUAAAGCGGGCACCGUAGAGCGGUUAGUAGAAGCCUUGGCAACCGAUGAUGGCGAACUGGAGUCUACUUACGUCAAUGUUUUCCUUGCUACGUACCGCUCAUUUGCGGAAUGUAGUCAAGUAUUGGAUCUGUUAUUGCGACGAUAUGAAGCUUUGGCAGCAGAAGAUGUGCUACCUGCAGCAAUUGACACCUCGCAACAACAUAGAAAGACUCUGGUGGCAUGUCUCCACGUGUGGUUGGACACCUAUCCGGACGACUUUCGCCAACCACCGCACCACCCCGCACUGCAGCAGCUUCUCGCCUUCACGCAGCUUCAUUUGCCUGGCUCUGAGCUACAUUCGAAGGUGUUACAGAAGCUAGCAGUAUUCAGUGCGGAACGAAAUGGCUCCGCCUCGGGCGGGGUUUGCCUGGCGCCCGGCAUGCGCGUGCCGGCGCAUCACACCAGCACGUACCGCCUGCCUCACGUGCCCCACCGACAUUUCGCCGAACAACUCACUCGUAUGGACAUGGAACUCUUCAAAAAAGUCGUCCCCCACCAAUGUCUUGGCGCCGUCUGGUCGCGACGAGACAAGGACAGGUCCCAUGAUGCCGCGACAGUAUUAGCCACUAUUAACCAGUUCAACGCUGUCUCGUUUAGAGUCAUAUCUACUGUGCUCGUCGAACCUAAUCUUAGACCUAUCGAUAGAGCCGACAUACUAGCUGCUUGGUUAGAUAUCGCUAGAGAGUUGAGGGUACUAAAAAAUUUUUCUUCCUUAAAUGCCAUAAUUUCGGGGUUGCAGAGCAACAAUGUGUAUAGAUUGAAGAAGACUUGGGCGCUUUUAUCGAAAGAGAAGACUGAGUUGUUCGACGAACUGGCGAGGAUAUUUAGUGAAGAUAAUAACCGAUGGGCCCAACGCGAGUUGUUAAUGAGGGAGGGGACGGCUAAAUUUGCGGAUACUGUCGGUGAAAAUGAUAGACAUUUACAAAAACUGUUACACGAACGUGGCUCGCCGGGCGUUAGUCACGGAACUAUUCCAUAUCUGGGUACAUUUUUAACUGAUCUCACGAUGAUCGAUACUGCCAUUCAUGACACUGUAGCUGAUGGUUUAAUAAAUUUUGAUAAAAGACGAAAAGAGUUUGAGGUCCUUGCACAAAUUAAAUUGUUACAGGGUGCUGCUAACGCUUAUCACCUGUCACCCGACCCAAUUUUUGACCGAUGGUUUGAUUCAGUCAUAGUACUAGACGAUAGAGAAGCCUACCAAUUAUCGUGUCAAAUCGAACCAGAUCCACCAAAAGAUCGGCGAACGAAAAAAAUAUCUGAAAACAAUAAUCAUUGUCACAGGAAAAACGAUUCAAUAGCCAGCACAAGCUCUAGUAACAGUUCGCAGUUUUAUUGUGAGACCGACGGUGCUAUCAAUGCGUGGAAGAGAGAUAGCUUGGAGCGACGAAUUUCGCCGACAAGGUUAUCUCAUGGCUCCUCUUCUUCAUCAUUGCCGUCCUUGGACGUGUCCUUAUGUAGCGUAAACAGUGGCCAGAAGCAGGCAAAUGGCAAAGUGAUAGCAAAUAGUCCCGCACAUGCGAAUACACGAAAUGGUCCAGAUUUUUAUAUAAUUAGAGUUACAUAUGAGUCGGAUUGCGUGGAAACUGAGGGUGUGGUUUUGUAUAAAUCGAUAAUGUUAAGCAACAACGAGCGCACACCGCAAGUGAUACGUAACGCGAUGCUCAAGUUGAAUCUCGAUGGUGAUCCUGAUGGAUACACUUUAGCCCAAGUUUUGCCGGAAAGAGAGAUGGUUCUACCAGCGAAUGCAAACGUAUAUUACGCAGUAAACACAGCAUACAAUUUAAACUUCAUACUACGACCCCGAAAGAGCCAGCAAGACGAGCCGCUCGUCAACGGCAAGGCCAGAAACAAACGGACC